AUGUCUCUCCCUACGAGUUCACCGUUUAAUCCUGACGGCUCCCAAAGAAAUCGCCGUCACUCUAUCUUUGCAGACUUUAUCCCCGACGAUUUAGCAUUUCCACCUCCAUUCAUUGAUCCAGCUCCGAAUGUGGAGGAGAUACUGAACAGAGACAUUGACGAUUGCUCCUCUGGUGACGAACAUCGCGAUGAAGAAGCUGUAGAGGACCCACGAUAUGUCGACGAGACAGAUCUACAGCUUGCAUUCCAUCCUAAUGGCAUAGCAUACGGCUCAGGCUUCUCGACGGUUCCGCCCACUAGCAUCGACAUCCCCCCGCCCAACCCACACGACUUUGAACAAUCUUACCGUGCAGAGGUUUCCCUUCUUCGCGAUAAUGACGUUCUGCCCUCAAAACACCCACGGACAGGAUGGCGCGCGACAUUUUGGGGACGCGUCUACCGUCGUCUUUUUAGCACACGCGUCCACGACCACGAUAAACCGCUCUUCGCGUCUGAGGACUCAGGCGAGACAACACCGCUUCUACGCGAAAGAAUUGUGCGCUUUGAUGGUAUACCACCAACGCCAGGACCAGACGAGGUUCACAAGCGAUGGGAGGAGGCGCUUGCUUCACAGAAGCUCGAAACAACAUGGCAGCGAGAGACCAAGACCUUGAUCCAAUAUGCUGCACCUCUGAUUGUCACUUUCUUGCUCCAUUACUCUGUCACUGUCGCGAGUGUGCUGACAGUCGGUCGUUUGGGAAUGGAGGAACUAGCUGCCGUCAAUUUGGCUACCAUGACAGCCAGUAUCACGUACUAUGUUCCCGUCCAAGGUUUAGCGACAUGCCUGGAUACCCUCUGUGCCCAAGCAUACGGCUCUGGCCACAAACACCUCGUCGGCCUGCAGGCUCAGCGCAUGACAUGGCUGCUCUGGCUUCUCAUGCUCCCCAUUGCUGUUCUGUGGUGGUUCUCUGAGCCCAUUCUCGCCGCAGCUGUCGGGCCAGGACGUACAACGGCACUGGCGGCCACGUACAUGCGCAUUCUCAUUAUUGGCAUGCCCGGUGUGUCAGCAUUCGAGAGCGCCAAGCGUUUUGUCCAGUCGCAAGGCCUGUUUCACGCGACUACUUACACUCUGCUUGUCGGAGCUCCUCUGAGCUUUCUGCAGAACUGGCUGUUCGUGUUCAAACUUGGGUGGGGAUUUAACGGUGCAGCUAUCGCUAUGGCCGUCACGCACAACCUUUUGCCUCUUCUUCUUAUCCUCUACGUGCGUCUGUUUGAGGGAUCAGAAUGUUGGAAGGGCUUUAGUCGCAAGGCGUUCAGUAACUGGGGACCAAUGAUCAAAUUGGCUCUUCCGGGCAUGAUUAUGAUUGAAGCUCAAUUCUCUGUUUUGGAGAUCCUCACUAUUGCUGCUGGGAGAUUUGGAACGGCGCAACUUGCUGCACAGGGUGUUCUCGUGACAAUUACGUCGACGUCGUUCAACAUUCCGUUCCCUUUGGCGAUUGCGACAUCGACUCGCGUGGCUAAUCUCAUCGGCGCCAACUUGAGCAACGCUGCACGAGUUACUGCGAAAGUGGCCAUCUUUGCCGGACUCUUUGUCGGCUUGUUCAACUUGACCAUUUUUACUACUCUGCGAAGACAACUACCAAAUAUCUUUACAGAUGAUGAGCAGGUCCUUGAUAUCGCGUCGAACGUCAUUCUGGUAUGUGCUGUUAUGCAAAUAUUUGACGCUCUGGCAGCUGUCUCGCAUGGUCUUUUGAGAGGCAUCGGUAGACAGGCAAUUGGAGGCUACGCCAAUCUGUUCUCUUAUUGCAUCGUGGCCUUGCCUAUUGCACUUGGUACCAGCUUUGGACUGGGGUGGAAUUUGGCUGGUCUUUGGGUUGGUUUGACAGCCGGUCUUGCUGUUGUGUCAAGCCUCGAGGCUAUUUAUCUGUACUUUACGGAUUGGGAGGCUGCUGUGGCGCAAGCCGAAGCGAGAAUGAGAACGGAAACCCAUCGUAGACGAUCUUCACUUUCGGCUUCAGCGCGAUCGCAUUCCGACGAUGGUCAGGAAUUCCACGUUGAUGAGCGGACUGGGAGGUCGUGGCCUACCAAGAUGCUUCAUACUUUGAUCAAGCCUAUCAAACCAAAGCUUGUUGAAACUGGUCAGGUUUCUUCUGAUGAUCCAACACGCUGCAAGCCGUCUAGAGGAGCCCGCAGACGAUGCGAUGUCGAGGAGCGUCGCGUGGAAGGAUUGUGGACCUACGAGUUGAAGCCGAAAUCAGAUGAAUCAGAACAAGGAUAUGCCAGGAGGAUACUGUACUUUGCGGGAGGAGGAUGGCAAGCACCGCCGACUGGUCAGCAUUGGACUUUCUGCGCAGAGAUGGUUCAACGGCUACCAGAUACCAGGCUCACGAUAAUAAGCUAUCCCCUUGCACCCAAGAACCCGGUUCAAGACUCAUUCCCGGCAAUAGUCAAGACAUACAACGCGUUGCUUCGAGAGUCUUCAGAGCUUGGUGAGCGUGUUAUUGUUGCCGGGGACAGUUCUGGCGGCAACAUUGCUUUGUGCAGUGUUCUCUGGACCAUGAGAGAUCAAGAUGUCCAAGUCAUUCGACCACCUACGGCCAUCCUAGCCAUCACCCCAACAGCAGACUUGAGCCACAAGAAUGCCGACAUCAAAAAGGUGGACAAGUUCGACCCCAUAUUGAGCGAGGAAGCCAUCAACGACACAGCCGGCAAAUGGGCGCCCGGUGGUUCGAAUAAAUCUCACGACUCGGACAGCUCCAUCUCAAAGGGCUUCUCUGGCGAGAGCCUGGACUGGAGCUUCGAUGACCCACGGGUAUCACCCAUCCACGCAGAUCUGAGCAUGUGUAUCAAGAACAAUAUAAAGAUACACGGAAUCACUGCUUCACAUGAUGUUCUUGGCCCCGAGGCUGUUGAAUUCAGAGAAAAGUGUAGGAACGAAGGUGUCGAUGGGGAGUGGCUAUCUUGGAAACAGCAGAUGCACUGUUUCCCAUUGGCGUACAAGUAUGGAUUGAAGGAGAGCAAGGAGGGUCUGGAGUGGAUUAUUGAUGUUCUGAAGAGAUGUUGA